UUCCAGAGGAUGAUGGCAGCUGCGAGGUGAAUGGAAGGACCUACCGGGAUGGGGAGACCUUUCAGCCAAGUUGCAAGUUCCAAUGCCACUGCUCUGAUGGGGGAUUCACCUGCAUCCCCCUUUGCAGUGAGGAUGUGCGACUGCCCAGCUGGGAUUGUCCCUACCCUCGACGAGUUGAUGUCCCUGGGAAGUGCUGCCAAGAAUGGGUCUGUGACCAAGGAUUCCAACCACUCCUGGCAGCAGUAUGCCAUGUCCUAGCUGGCCAACUACCCCUCGUCUGGCUCUCACUAGAACUAAAGGAAUGGAGCACAUUGUGGGGCCCCUGUUCAGCCACCUGUGGGCUGGGUGUGGCGACCCGGGUGUCCAAUCAGAAUCCACACUGCCGGCUGGAGAUCCAGCAUCGACUGUGCCUACUCAGGGCCUGCCCGCCUUGA